UGUAGGACUUUUGCACGACACUUUUUGUGUCUCAUAAGAUUACAUUUUUUAAGGGAAAAAACGAUUGAUUUACAUUGCAUGUAUCAACUCUGGGAAAUCUGAUUUUUCUAAGACGACUUUACAUCCUAUUUAUCCUAUUUUAAUUUUUCUAUAAACAUAAUAAUCACUCAAAUACGACUUCAUUUAAUUAUUAAAUUGUGACUUGCAUUCUUUUUAAAAACAUUUUAUUUUUCUUCCCUAAACUCGCAAAAGUGAUAAAUAACAAAGAAAUCAGACUUUCCCGCGUUUGUUCCAGUGAUGCCCGAUGCAACCCCAACUUACAUCAAAGGCCGCCGACAACUCGUUUGAUGUUGAUUUUCCCGCGCGUAAACGGACUGUUCCAUUUCGAAGUCUAGGAGGUGUGACAUAUUUAAACUUGAUUUUAGCAUUUUUUUCACUGUUCGGAAUCAUCAAGUUCUAAAAUAUUAUUUUUAAAAAACCGAGAGGGAAAGCAACAAAUAUUUUGCGUUUGAAUUUAGAUUUUGUUAAACUUUUCUCUUUUUGCCCUUUUUGAGAAUGGAUUUGGCCAGGUCGGAUCUUCCGCAACAUCAGUCUCUGCUGAGAUUCUGCCUAGUUGACACGUACACACGAUGGAUUGUUUUGACCCUUUUAAAGACUACUUCGAGCUGGAAAUUCCAAGAGGAGGAUGCAUAGGAAAUGAAGAAUCUUCAAUGCAUGAAAUGAAACCUGAAAUACUUGAGAGAUCAAUAAACAACAUCAUGUUUAAUGAUUCAUCAGAGCAGUGGACAUCUUAUUCAGGUUCAGAUGAACUUCUUUGUGCCAGGCCUGUUUUAGGUCGUAGAGAUUCUGUUAAUUCUUCACCUCCGUUUCUUACUGACAUUAAUACACAAAGGAAAAAUGUUGAUGUGAAUGACCAGAAUGCACAGGCAACUGGCAAUGUGUCAACUACAGGAAAAGUUUGGGACUACAAGUCUUCAACUGUUGCUUCAAAAAGUAGUGAUGGAAUUUGGGGCAGCGACAAUGGAGUAUGGAUUGAUAUGAACGAUGAAAUAAGAGGCCAUAUUGCACACCAGCCAAAUGACAUUGAUACAAGAGGUUUACAGAGCACAUCAACUGUAUGGAAUGGAAACAUGCAUACUUCUUCAAGUUAUUCUAGUACUGGAUUCUUUGGCAGCAGUGAUGCUUCUGUAGACACUGUCUUUAAUGAGAUGUUGGGAAAUAGUUGUUUAGAUCAAGCACAUGAUGAAGAAAGGAAUACAUCUCCAGUGUACCCUCGAUAUUCAAAUGGACUUAAUGUGGAAUACCCAGAAUCUAUUAGUCAUGUUGCUUUUCUGCUGAACAAAUUGAUGCAGCAAGGAAAUUCAGGUGUUUCCUAUGCUGAGAAUGGUGGAUACCGUAAUUCCCGCUCCCUUGAUGAAGGGAAAUUCUGUGCAUUCUGCAAGAGAAACCGUGAGCGAAGAGAAUUUUACACAACACAUGUUGUCAAGGAUUCAUGGGGGAAGGUGAUUUGCCCAAUUCUCAGAAAGUAUACAUGUCCAAUCUGUGGAGCAACAGGAGAUGGGGCUCAUACAUUGCGCCAUUGUCCUGCACGACCCAGGGGAGAUCUCAACUAAUGAAAAAGUUAAUUCUUGAUCAUUCCAACAGAUGAUCAGAUGAGGUGAUGUGUUGUCUGAUAUGUUUUGUAAUGAGUUACAUUUUAAAUACAAUUAGUAAACAGUGUACGGGCUGAAUUGAAUGAAAGUGCUCAGAUACGAUGCAAAAUAAUGGAUGGUAAAGAACUUGAACUGUCAAGAUGCUUUGCAAGAUGUUCUUGAGCAAGGCAUUGAGUUGAUAUAAAAUAAUCAUAUACUUGAAUAUUGUGAAAGAUUACACAUUGUAUUAUGUUAUUGAAUCACAUAUUUCAAUUUUAUUCUCAUAUUUAGAAAAGUUUUUUUCAAAUACAUUGAAUAGUAUUUAGUGAAAUGGAAAAAAAAACACGAAAAUUACUGAAAAAGUAAGAACAAAGUUACAUUCACAACAAUUAUGUGUAGUAUAUUUUGCUUUGAAUUGUUUUUUAUACAAUUGAAAGCAUUUUCUCUAAGAUACUAAAUUAUAAAGUUAACUACAAUAUGUCGGACCCAAAUAUGUUACUAAAUUAUUAUAGAAAAUGUGCAAUUGUCAAGAUUUUGUGAAAUUUAUUGUUAAUGUUAUAUUUUUGAUACAAAGAUUAUUCUUAGUGAAAAUGUGUUCAGAUUUUAACCCAAGAUAUUUUUAACGUGUUUAUAAUGUAAAAGAUUAUUUGACGAAUUUUUUGAAUUUUUAACACUUGUUUGUAUGUUAUAUAUGUGACAGUGGGACUUUUUACUGUUGUAUACAUGUACAUCUUGUUUAAACUCUUGUUGGAGCUUUUUUUACAUUAUUAUGUAGGUCUUGCUAUGUCUAUUGUAGCCAAUGCUAAAGUAAAUUAUAAUCUUGAAGACUGCUCCAUCUCCUUGGGAUAUUUUUUAGCUUGAAAUCAGGGGGUCAUCUCGAAACAUUACUUCACAUAAUGUAAAGUGACAUUUUAAGAAUAAUAAUUCUUAAAUUAUGGCCAAAACUGUCAUAUUUUACUUUUUCUGGAUGGGUACAAAAUAUAACCUGUAACGGACCAUACCCUGUAUUGAUUUUUUGUCGCAUGUUUUGGUUUUGAAAUGGAGAUUAAUGUAUUUCAGGAGUUAUUUCAUUCUAUUUCUUUAAUGAAUUUAUUGUUGCAUAUGCAGAUCUAGCAUUGAUUUUUUUUUUCAAUAUUAGUCCAGAUCCAUAACUCAAUCUUUUGAAAUAGCACAAUUUUGUACUUGUUGUAUUUAGAGCUACAGCAUUGAAGUGCAGAUUUGAAUUUGUUAUCAGUUGACCUAGAAUUUGACCAAAAUACCUACUUUUAGUAUUUAGAGCUUUGUGUACGAAAUUUCUUCAACAUGUAAAGUUCUAGAUUCAGAUUUGAUGUUUAAUUUCAGUUGACCUAAAUUUUUAUAUAAUUCCUGUCUUUCAUUAAUAGCAAUAUCGUCAGUCCUCCGUUAGUUUGAGCCUUUAUACUCUGUAGAGCGAUAUAGGGCCAUCAUGGUCCUCUUGUUUAAAGUUUAUAUUCUGUGUCAUUAGUAUUCAGAAUGAGAUUGGUGACCAUGUGGUUAAGAUGUCUACAUCUCAACCCAGGGAUUUUUGCUAUAAAUCUAAACCGGAUAUGUUUUGCUUUAAAAAAAAGUGAAGCUGGGAGUGUCAAAGAAUAUCAAGUUUAAUUAUUUUCUCUGGUGUAUCGUAAAUGUUUCUGCAGUUGUAUGUCUAGAAAUUUUUAUUCUGAGUUACUUUUAGUAUAUUUUUAUCAAUAUUUUCACUGAUAGUGUUCUGUGUUUUUAAUGUGUUUAUUUACAUCUAUUUUAAUUUUCCCAAUUUUUUAGUGAAGUUUAAUAGUUUUAUGUCUAUGCUAUUUUUAACAAAUCUGCAAUUAAGUAAAAACUCUAUAUGUUUGAAGUUCUUUGUUUUGCUUUUUAGUUUCACUUAUUUUGAAAAUUGUUAAAAGCUAAACAUUUAUGCCAAAGAUGCAUUUUUUGUUUGUUAUUAGUAAUAUUUUCAUUUAUAUUUGAUUUUUAUCUAAGUUUAAAAAAGAUGUUAAGAGAUUUGUUGCAUUUAGUCAGUUUGAUUGUAUUUUGUUACAAAAUAAUUCAUGAGUGUAACUCUUGUGGAAUAAUGUGAUAGUAAUGAUACUGUUAUUGUAUCUUAAUUUGAAAGAAACAAAAGAAAAAAAACAACACAUAGAAUGAUAGAAAUCAUGGUUAUAACAACCUCCAAAUGUUAUUUUGAGAUAUAAUAUCUCCAAAUUCAUAUAAAACAUCAACAAUUGACUUCUGUUUGCAUGAAAAAAUAUUUACAUUUAAAAAAAAUGUGUUUAACAUCCCUUGUAGGUGUUACUUUGUUUAUAAAUAGUAUUGAAUAAAUAUGUUGAUUGUUUAAGAUGUAUAAAAGAACUUGCAUUGUUAAUGAAUUCAGCUUAAAGCAGUGUCAAAGUAUUAUUUCCAGAAAUUGAAUGUAAUUUAGCCAUUGUUUUGGCAGGUCACUUUUAUUUUGUAUUAAUUUUGAUUAAUACAAACUCCUUAUGUUUGUCUGCAAGACAAAAUGAUUUAUUUUUUUACAGUAAAAUAUAAAAGCACCAUUUCAUUAAAAAAAGUUUGUCAUAGAAAAAGUAAAGUAAGAAAUGUAAAAUUUGUUUUUUGUAAACUCUGCUUGUAAUGGACUGGGCUUUUUUAAAAUGCCUGAAUAUUCUUAUGAGCCUGUUUUCUUUUUUCAAUUAAUUUUUGCUCUACUUGUUUUAAUGCUAAUUUUUGCAAACAAACUAUUCCAACUUCCAUUUUGAAACAUAUUUGUUACUUUACAAAAUUGAUUUGGUUGGUAGGCCGACAUGGUCUUGUACGAUCAAGCAUGCUGACCUGGCCAUAUACUUGUGGCAGAAGCAUGUUUCAGCUCUGUCACAGUUUAUUAACUUAUUUCAAUGUUUGUUUAUGGUGUUGUUAAAAGCAAAGAGCAAAUGUAUUUGAAAUCCAAUAAGCAUUAUUGCAGUAGUCACAACUUAAAAUUUAUGAAUUCUAGAACAAUCUGUUACAUAAAUCUGUUCUAAGGACAACAUUAUCAUGAACUACAGUUGUCAAUAUACAUUUUCAAAUUUAAUUGCAAUUAAUCUUUAUGCUGUGCAUUUUGUAACACAGAAAUGUUCUGUGGGUACCUGCAGCCAUAGCAUAAAUUGUGGGAACCUGCAGUAGUCGGACAGAUUGUGGGUACCUGCAUUUGUAGGUCAUAUUGACUGUGGGUUCCAUUGAACAGAUUGAUAAGUUUUUUGUUUUGUAUUAAAACAAACAAAAAAAAACACAUGAUUUUGGCACUAAAAAAGAAAAUAUUAUAAAUUAAUUACCAUUUUGUUAUAAUGAUUUAAAUAUUUAUUUUCAGUAAAGAUGAAUGAUUUUAAGUGCUGAUUCUAAAAUGAAAGUUCUGACUUAAAUAUUUAGAAUAAUCUAAUCAUGUUAGUGACUAAUCACCUAUAACUUUAAGAAUUUUAGCUUACCUUUUGGACAAGUUUCCAUCAAGGUGAUCUUUUAAUUAAAUUGAAAACUUGGGAUCAAGAAAUUCUUGUCUUGGUUGUUUUUAAAAGACUUUCAGUUAUUUGAAUAAACUUUGUCAAUGCUGAAUAACUGAAAGUAACCUGAAGUUACCAAAGACAUUCAAAUAAAGAUUUGUUUCAAUUGAUGCUAUUAUGUUUUUGUACUUUUUAACUAGCCAGAAGGUAAAUUUCACCAUAGUUGGGUAAUGAUAUUUAUACAUGUUUAAAGUUUUACUGUAUAUAGCCAGAGGGCAUUAGCCAGUUUAUUACUGUUGUAAAUAUUUCUAACAAACGUAUGCCAGUAGUCUAAGAAUUAUCUUUUUGUUUAUAUUAUGUAGUUUUGUUGACUAUUUCAUAGUUUAGAAUGUUUCAAUAAAAGUGUUUUCUUUUA